AGUACUUCCCACUCGCUUGGGCCUGCAGGCGUGGCGCUGGCCUCCAAGUAGGGCCAAAGGCGGGCUCUUUCUUAGCCCGGAACUUGCGAUGGGAGGGUCCCCCCGGAGCUGACGGGGCGGGGUCGCAGAUUUCGCGCGUUGCUCAGCCAGCGUGACGGAGGAGGAGAAGGCGGCGCGGAACCGCUCGCCUCGUUUUCUUGGCUGUGCUCUGGCUGCGGCUGCUCGUUUUUCCUUUUUGUUUUCCCGCCGCCGCCAUGUCCCGCCAGAGCAGCCUCCUCACGUUUUUCUCAAAGCCUGCGGAGAAGAGUCAUGACGGCGGCAGCGGAAGCCCCACGAGAGACGCCGAGGGCCGCCCCCCGCAAGAGACACCGCCGGCCAGUGCCCCUAGUAGCAGCCAGGGCAGGACGCCAGCGCUUCCGCCUGAUUGUGACUUCAAUGAGUUUUCACCUGGUGAUUUAGUUUGGGCCAAACUUGAAGGCUACCCAUGGUGGCCAUGCCUUGUGUAUGCACACCCAACAGAAGGAUCACUUUUAAGGGGGAGAGGAAGAGCAUCACGUAUCCAUGUACAGUUCUUUGAGGAUGAUCCUUCAAGGGGCUGGGUUAGCAUUAGAUACAUAAGACCAUAUAAAGGUUCUUCAGGCAGAGACACCCAAAGGGGAGGUAUGUUUCACAGUUCAAGACCUGAAAUUAAAAGAGCAAUGGAACUGGCAGAUGCUGCUAUGAGAAAGGGUAAAAGUGAACGACUAGGUCUAGCUGUGUGUGACAAACCUUCAGAAAGUGAAGAAGAAGAGGAAGAAGAAAUGGAGCAGGUGAGUGAUGAAGGUGACGAUUUCGACACAGCAAAGGAACUAAAAAGUAGAAAUAAAAGGAUAGCUAGACGAAAGCAUUCUGAUGGAAAAGCCAAAAAGAGAAAGAUUUUUAUGGAUUCAGACACAGAGGGUUCCGAUAUGGAAUUUCAGCCAGAUGAAGUUAGCAGUGAUGAAAAUAGUGUUGAAAUAUGUGACAAUGAAACUUCUGAAUCUGAAACUGUGCCUGAAAAGAAGCGUUCCGUUAAAGCACUUACUAAACAUUCUCCUAAACAAGCGCAGGAAAAGACAUGUAAAUCCCCCCAAGAGGUUAAUCUUAAAAACAACCUAUCUGAAACACCCAGUAGGGAACUCUGUCCUGAGUUCAUGUAUAAAUUAGCAUCUUAUGCAGCUCCUGAAAGUUUUGAUUUUCGAUCAAGCAUUAAUGGAGGAGCAGCCGGAGGGGGAGAAGGAGAUGGUAAUCCAACUGUAUGGGAGCAUGAAAAAAUAGAUUGGCUUCAGGAUGGAAGAAGGAAGGAUGGUAAUAGAAGACGACAAAAUGAUCCAGAUUAUGACCAAAGUACUUUAUUUGUGCCAGAGGAUUAUCUUAAAAACUGCACUCCAGGAAUGAGGAAAUGGUGGGAGUUGAAGAGUCAAAAUUUUGAUGCUGUGAUUUUUUAUAAAGUUGGAAAAUUUUAUGAGUUAUAUCAUAUGGAUGCUGUUGUUGGUGUAAAUAAACUUGGAUUGGUAUUUAUGAAAGGCACCUGGGCUCACUCAGGUUUUCCAGAAAUGGCAUUUGAUAGAUUCGCCAAUGUCCUAGUCCAAAAAGGUUAUAAAAUUGUACGAGUUGAGCAGAUGGAGACCCCUGAGCAGAUGGAAGCACGGUGUAAAUCUUUGGCUCACCCAACAAGAUUUGACAGAGUUGUGCGUCGAGAAAUAUGCAGGAUAAUUUCCAAAGGCACACAGACCUAUAAUAUUCUUGAUGGUGACUAUUCAGAGACCCAGAACAAAUACCUUCUUUGCAUAAAAGAAAAAACAGAUGAUUCUGCUGGCCUGCAUCGUACUUAUGGAGUUUGCUUUGUUGAUACAACAGUUGGAAAGUUUUAUAUUGGCCAGUUUCCAGAUGACCGUCAUUGUUCUAGGUUUAGAACACUUCUGGCUCACCAUAUUCCUGUCCAGAUACUUUUUGAGAAAGGAAACCCCUCUGCAGAAACACAAAAGAUACUUAAAGGCUUAAUCUCUUUUACUAUUCAAGAAAGCUUGACUCCUGGUUCUCAGUUCUGGAAUGCAUCUAAAACUUUAAAAACUCUUAUUGAAGAAGGUUAUUUUCAGAACAAGGAGAAUACGGAUAGUGGAAUCACUUUGCCCCCUGUAAUCAAAUCCAUGACUGCAGAAAGUGAUUCACUGGGAUUUACUCCUGCAGAAAACAGUGAACUUGCUCUCUCUGCUCUAGGCAGUUGUGUAUUCUAUCUUAAAAAAUGUAUUAUUGACAAGGAACUUUUAUCAAUGGCAAAUUUUGAAGAAUACAUUCCUGUAGAUGUUGAUAUGGUUAACAGAACCAGAUCAAGUAGCAUUUCUGAGAGAAAAAACCAGCGAAUGGUACUAGAUGGGGUAACACUGGCAAACCUGGAAAUACUGCAGAAUGCAACCAGGAGUUCAAUAGAGGGCACGUUAUUGGAAAAAAUUGACACUUGUUGUACACCUUUUGGAAGAAGACUCCUGAAGCAAUGGCUCUGUGCACCAUUAUAUAAUCCUUGUGCCAUUAACGAUCGCCUGGAUGCAGUUGAGGAUCUCCUGGCUGAGGCUGCUAAAAUGUCUGAUAUCCGGGACCGUCUCAAAAAGCUCCCAGAUCUUGAAAGGCUAUUGAGCAAAAUUCAUAGUAUUGGAUCUUCUCUUAAGAACCAGAAUCAUCCAGACAAUAACGCUAUUUUAUAUGAGGAGGCUAGGUACAGCAAGAAAAAGAUUAUAGAUUUCUUAUCUGUACUGGAAGGAUUUAACAUAAUAAUUGAAAUUCUCUCAAUCUUGAAAGAUACUGUUGAUGGCUUUAAAUCUAAAAUACUAAAACAAAUAGCAACAGUGAAAUCAAAAAAUCCAGUAGGCUGCUUCCCAGACUUGAAAGCGGAACUUGAAAGAUGGGAUUCUGCCUUUGAUCAUAAUGUUGCACGGAGAACAGGUGUGGUUAAUCCAAGAACUGGUUUUGAUUCUGAUUACGAUAAAGCAUUAGCAGAUAUCAGUGAAAUUGAGGAAAGUCUUCGCCAGUAUUUGGAAAAACAACGCAAAAGACUUGGUGUCAGAGCUGUGAUGUAUUGGGGAGCAGGCAAAAACCGUUACCAAAUGGAGAUUGCAGAAACUGCUGUGCCUCAGGAUUUACCUGAUGAAUAUAUCAUGAAGUCCAGUAGAAAGGGCUAUAAACGUUACUGGACAAAAGACAUAGAGAAGAUGUUAAAUGAUAUUAUCAAUGCUGAAGAACGGAGAGAUGCAGCACAAAAAGAUUGUAUGAAAAGAUUAUUCUAUGACUUCGAUAAAAGCAGAAAAGAUUGGCAAACUGCGGUGGAAUGCAUUGCUGUUCUAGAUGUUUUGUUAUGCCUUGCAUGCUAUAGUCAGGGAUGUGAUGGACCAUUGUGCCGCCCAGAAAUCUUGUUGCCAGAGAACACCUCACCUUUUCUGGAGCUCAAAAGUUCGCGUCAUCCAUGCAUUACAAAAACAUACUUUGGAGAUGAUUUCAUCCCUAAUGAUAUUAUAAUAGGCUUGGAGGAUGAAAAAACAAACAGCAGAGCUACUUGUGUCCUUGUGACUGGUCCAAACAUGGGAGGAAAAUCUACGCUCAUGAGACAGGCUGGUCUCUUGGUAAUAAUGGCUCAGUUGGGAUGCUAUGUACCUGCUGAAUCUUGCAGGCUUACUCCUGUUGAUAGAGUGUUCACUAGACUAGGAGCUUCAGAUAGAAUUAUGUCAGGAGAGAGUACAUUCUUUGUUGAGCUUAGUGAGACUUCGAGUAUACUGCAACAUGCAACACAGCAUUCCCUUGUUCUUAUGGACGAGCUAGGGAGAGGAACAGCGACUUUUGAUGGAACUGCUAUUGCUAGUGCGGUUGUCAAAGAACUUUCAGAGAAUAUUAAGUGUUGUACAAUGUUUUCAACACAUUACCAUUCUUUAGUAGAAGAUUAUUCCCACAGUCUCUCUGUACGAUUGGGACACAUGGCUUGUAUGGUAGAAAAUGAAUGUGAAGAUCCUAGUCAAGAAACAAUCACAUUCCUUUAUAAAUUUGUUAAGGGGGCUUGCCCUAAAAGUUAUGGAUUUAAUGCUGCACGGCUUGCUGACAUUCCAGAAGAAGUGAUUCAGAAAGGCCACAAAAAGGCAAAAGAAUUUGAAAAGGCUGUUCUUUCAAUGAAAGUAUUUAGGAAUCUUUGUUGGAUAGCUGAAGGAGCAUUAGCAGCCAGAGACUAUCUUGACAAACUAACUCUGCUUCAUGUUUGAGACCCUGUAUAGUUUUUCCAGCAGUUUUCGAAGGCAGUAUGUAGACAACACAAUGAUCUAAUAAACUUUAUUUUUUAAAAAUGACCAUUUUCCAUUGUCUUUCCUAGGAAAUUAAACCCUUUUAAUUCUUAGCUACCCUCUACAUAAUGAUUAUUGAAUACUCCACAAUAUAUUAAGUCUAGAUGUUAUGGUACAUGCAUACACUUUCAGGCUGUUGAUUACCCACUGUCACCAAUACACAUAAAUGGAAAAAAAGCUAUGAAACUGUAUAGGGCGUCUAUAUACUUUUUCUCAUCUUCAUUAGAGCAGGAAAUUACAAUUGUCAGCAGUUCAUAAGAGUAAUGUCUAGACUGUUCAAUAAAACUGUGAACAGAGUAAAAUACAGGAUUGUUUUAGGGAGAUUCUUACAGUGUACUUUAAAACACAGUAAAACCUCCUCUUGCAAACUAUCACCUGUGCACUUUGUUUUAUAGUGCAUUAUCUCCCAAAAAGUCUCAUUAAAACAUUGUUUUGUGAGGUGAUGUAAAUCA